AGUUUCAUAGUACUGUUCCUAUAUAAAUGGUGUUCAAGGUGGAAUUCCAAGAGGCCUAUCCCUUCGUGCCAACUUCAGCAGGCUUCUGUAGUAUAGCCAUACUGGGCUACGAUAAGAUUUAUGUUCAACGAGGACCCCAGCAUCUGGUCGACGCGGUAAGACACGCCAUAAAUAGCUGUUGGGCUGAGGGCAUACAGAAGGAUGAGAACCUAAAAGACUCUACUGGUGUGCACAAGUUUAAGCUCAGUGGAUUCCCUUGGUGGAAUUUCAAAGGGGAUCGCUUCGAGACUAGUAGGCUGACGUUGGGUCUGUUGGCGGCUGUGCAGCGUUCGGGAUUCCGGAUGGUUUCUGAUGUUGAUAUAUCCCAUCGCAAGCUGGGUUUCCUUAAGGUGUGGAUCCUCAGGGCCUACGCUAAUGAUACCACUCCUUUGCCAGAUCUGUGUCUGGCUCUACAGGGUUGGUCAGGCGUCACCGCAGUGACUAGCGGUAUGCCCCACGAGGCUCGAGAGCCUCUGGUAGCGGCUAUUAGAAGUGGUUUAGAGACGGCUUGGGUCGUUGAUGAGGUGAAGGAGUCCCCUGAUGGUGUCGAUCUCUCCCUUGAGACCCUUCCCUGGAUUUGUUUCGGCUCGGAUGGUGUCCAGGCUAGGCAGGCUGUAUUGGGCGCACUGGUCUCGCUGGAGAAGAGAGUCGGUUAUCGACUAGCAGCCUCUGUUAGAGUGGCUGAUAGUCGCGGAUUGAAACCGAAGUUGGUAUUCCAGAAGAUGCCACAAGAAGCCGAUCGGGCGGAAUAUGUGGGACUUAGCUUUAACCAGAUGGACCGUGUGAGGUUGUUUGGACCGCCGCAUCAAGGUUUGGACCAGUUUUUGGUAUCGGCUAUUUCGGGGGCUAUAGCUGCGGGCUGGCCCAGAGGGUGCUCGAGACAACAGGAAUGUGGGGAGGCGGAGGAGUGGGUCCUUAAGGGCUUCCCUUUCGACGCGUUCUUUAAGUCUAGAGUGGACACAAGGUUGCUGUUGUCGAAUAUAUUGCAAGUGAUGUGGCAGCAGAAUUUCGAGAUAGCCGGUGUGGUUGAGGGGAAGUUGCCUGUUAUUUACUGGCGUCGUUCAGAGAAUGCCAGUAAGGAUAUUAGGGGACCAGUAAACCCCGUUGUUAGUGUUAUGUUCAAUGCCCCGAAUAAGAUUAGAAUCACCAGUACUGAUCAGCGCUCCUUAUCCCCGGCUAUUGCUGCAGUACGGGAAGCCCUACAGUCUCCUCAAGUCUGGAAGGACGUUCUGAAAGAGGAUUCGGUCUAUGGUCGAAGUAUUGAGUUCAAGCUGGACAACUGGCCAUUCUACCGUAGGCCAGUGGGGUCCAAUGCGGUCCUGUCCACUUCUAUUCUCCUCAAUGUGAUAAACGCUAUGGCCUCAGUAGGUCUGACGUUCAAGGCGUCUCUCAAUCUAGCAAGGCACCGUUCGUGCAUGGGCUCAUUGUUUUUCCAAUGAUGAAAACACCCUCAUAUGAGUUCUUGUUUUUGCUGCUUUUUGUAUCAGUAAUCGCAGUUGGUAUAGUAUUGAAAUACAGCACCCAAGUUG